AUGGAGAGGUCAAGCAAGCUCGCUCCUCUCACCCUCGUAUCAAAAUAUUACCCCGUGGCGAACUACUCCUACCCUCGCAGCGAGGGCGCCCCAACUCCCUGCAACAGCAGAAGCCCGUCGUACAAGUGGUCCCGCGAAGACUUCUUCAAGAGGUCGUCGGUGGACUCCCAGCCGCCAGCACCGAGUCCUUUAUCAUCCCCGCCGAGCCUGGUCGACGACCGCACAGACUCCGAGGCCUCGGCGGAUGUCGAUGACUAUCGCUACCACACCCACGCCAACGAGCUCUGGGACAGCUUCUGGAUGUCCGAACAGCAGCAUCAGCAUCAGUGUCAUACUCCUGGCAGUUACAUCAUAGAAAACACUUCGAUAAUGGCUGCGGCAGGUUCUGCUUCUGCGGCUCCCAGCUGUAGUCCUCCAGACGUCCCUGAGAAGGACUAUCCAGCUUUGAUAUCCUCGCCUCAACGCCCGAGAAGACGCCCACAGGGCCCUCGCUCUCAGGGGGGCAAUGGCUGGCCACUGUCUGACCAACAACCGCAAACACACCAGCCACGAAGAGCAUCACCGACAUAUUCGGCGUUCCCAAAGAUAGUCGACAUCCCUUCACCACCACGUACAAGCCCGCGCUCGAGUUCUCAGCUACCCUCAGGUGCUUGCGAGGACCGCCUCUCGGGAAUGGACGCCCGCUGCCCUCUCCAACAGGCUCCUUCUCCUCACCGGCCCAUAUCGCCCUACAGCCGUCCGGGAAGUCCUCAUCCCAGGGCCUUCUCGCCCGCCUCCUUAAAGGCAUUUCAGCGUCCAGCUACAUCUCACAGCUCACGGCCAUCCAGCCCCAUGGACUAUCCAUAUCCCUCGCCUCCACCAACAGCGCCACUGCCAGCACUACCAACCAACUGUCCAAGAGCCCCUCAUCUCACUCCUCGGUCUUCAAAUCUCUCUCAACACAGCCAUACCCAACAACCUCCUCAGCCACCGAGUCAUACAAUCCGCCCUUACAAAUCCACCACCCAGCUCCGUCGCCCUCCUCCAGAGCCACUACCAGUCUCUGUCUUUGAGUACGAUUCCGACACAGACUGCACCGACGACGAGUCUUCUCCUCUGGAAUCUCCCGCCCUCUCCUUCUUCCGUUUCCACAGACGGAGUCAAAGCCCCAAGAGCAACGACGACAUCUUCACCCGUCGCCGUGGCUCUGCCUCCAAAGUAGUGUCAACAGCUCACCAAUCCUUGAUUGAUGCAACGGAAAAGGAGAAUUGCAAACGGCGCAAGAGGACCAACACCAUAGACGGCCUGCCCCGUGUAGUGAAGCAGUCGGACGUGUUUAGUAGAAUGCUAGGGCUACGGGGCCGAUGA